AUGAUCUGGCACACUCUCCCCCUUGCUGCGCUUACACUGACUGUUGCGGCUUUACAAGCUCUUCCACCAGUCGAAUUCACCCCAGUGCAGAUUGAUCAGAUCUCCAGCGCGGAGAAGGGCUUCUCAUUGGCAACGGUUGACCGGGUUAUCUAUGUCCAGGAUGACUUUGCGUCAUGGACCGACCAAGACGGGCUUACUUUGAUUCCUCCGUCUGUUGAGCAGUUCGCGCAAACAUUUCGUGAUGAUCUUGAAGAACUGACCGAUGUGUCUUGGAGCUACCAAACGGUCAAGAAACUCCCGAUCGCUGCCUCUGGAAUUUUCCUUGGGCGUUCAGAUACUCCCGAGGAUUUUACAUACGAGGAUGGCACGGCGACAGAGGAGGGGUACGAACUCGUGGUUGAGAGUGGCCGUGUAUUCAUCUACGGCUCAGGGGCACGAGGGAUGUGGUGGGGAACACGGUCGUUGCUUCAACAGAUCAUACUCCAUCCACACGCUACCCUUUUCCCCGGCCGUAUUACCGAUACACCCGCCUACCCGACGCGCGGGAUGAUGCUUGAUGCAGGACGCAAGUGGUAUUCUUUGGAUUAUUUGAAGGAUCUUUGCACUUACGCAUCAUUUUUCAAACUUUCCGAGUUUCACUAUCAUGCGACAGAUAACUAUCCUCUCACUCGAGGCCCCAACGUGACCUGGGAAGACGUCUAUUCACAGUUUUCCUUGAGACCAGAAAACCCUGAGCUAGCACCUUUGGUGCAACGAGUGAAUGAGACACUAUCUCGGUCGGAGUUUGUCGAAUUUCAACAACACUGCGCGCAGCGAGGAGUGACUGUUAUUCUCGAAAUUGAGAGCCCCGGCCACUGUUUGUCAGUCACGAAAUGGAAGCCCGAGCUUGCUUUGGAGAGUAAGGAUCUUCUUAACUUGACACAUCCUGAGACCCUGCCUCUGGUCAAGUCUAUCUGGUCGGAGUUUUUGCCUUGGUGCCUUUCCAAGGUUGUACACAUUGGAGCAGACGAAUACGCUUCCGCCUUUGCCGAUGAGUAUGUGAAUUUUGUCAACGAGAUGUCCGACUUCAUAUAUGAGACUCAUGGUAAGAAAAUCCGCAUUUGGGGAACGUAUGAGCCCAGUGCGUUGUCAAUCAACCGGAAUAUUACCAUCCAGCACUGGCAAUAUGGACAGUCAGACCCGGUCGCACUGGCCGAAAAUGGAUACCAGAUCAUUAAUUCCGAAGAUUGGUGGGCAUACCUUUCGUUGAAAAACAAUCAUGUCCCCAUCACACCAGCGCCGUAUCCUCAGUUUUUCGACAACGAUCGGUUGUUGAAUUUUGGUGAUGUGAAAGGCUGGCAGUGGACACCAGAUCUCUUUAAUCCUGUCAACACGACGGAUCAGCCUGUCAAAAAUGCCGUUCGCGGCGCCAUCCUCGCCGCAUGGAACGAUAACGGGCCUGAUGCGACGACACAACUGGAGGCGUUCUAUGCUGUUCGAAACGGCAUUCCUGUUGUCGCAUCCCGCGCAUGGUCAGGAUCCCGUGGGCCCCUUUUGGAUCAAUCCACCCUCGAUGACUCUAUCUCCAUUCUCACGGCCAAUGCAGUGUCUCAGAGCCUUGAUCGAAAGAUUGGCAGUCAACCAAGGGGCCUCUUCUCAUGGUCCGAUGCUCAGCAUCACCAGAUAGGUCUGGGAAGUAAAGGAAUGAAUUACACAUUGGAACUGGAGAUCAGUGGUCCUUUCUCUCUACAAUCCGAUGACGCUGUUCUAUCCCUUUCCGCUGAUGGCCAACUGGUAUUUUCUGCAGAUGGAUGGCCAUAUCCUCUUCGGUCCGUCGCAGAGACCGAUGGCUUUGAUCCUACUGCGCUGGGGCGGAUCUGGGCGAAUAGUACAACAUCCUCACACGAUAUUGUGAAUGUUGCUUAUAAUGCUCAAAUCACGAUAAAAACCAAUCAGUUUGAAGGCAGCCGCGUGUGGAUUGAUGGACAGUUUGUGGGUCGUUUCGAGGUGUUUGUGUAUGGUGGCAAAAACCAAGCUUUCUCAUGGAGCCAGAUGGCAUUUGUUGCACCACUGGACUGUGUUCUGGGCACUGGGCUACGGAAGAUGGAUUUGUAUGAAACUUGA